CACUACUGCGGAUGGCAAGAAAGCUGCGAACAAACAAACGCAGCAGUUGCUGCUUGUGCGGAAAGAGAGGAAUGAAGUGAGUGUUUGAUAAGCGACGGAGGAAGAGUAUUGGAAGCAGACAAGAGAGUGAGACAGAGACAGACACCGUCCAAAUGUCCUGUCCCGGCAGAAUUGGCGUCAGUGUUCGGUGUCACAGGAGCUGAAGAGGAGAGCUCUGAGAGGAGGUCACAAACUGGCUCCUGCUCCAUUUCUCCUCUCGGACUUUAAACUGCAUUUCUUUAACCGACUGACAUCAAUUAGACUUCUUGACCUCAACCUUUGGAUGCUUAAUCAGUGUGGACAUCUGUGACUUUUCUCACUAAGACACUGGAUAUUAAAAGUUCCUUUCCAGAGCUUUUCUUCCUGCUGACAGCUGAUGAUUAAACUGAGUGACUCGGGUAUUUCCAGACCUGACACUUACUGUACAGUGUCACCCUCUGCGCUCUGUACAAGUCAGCAGCGUCAGGCAGAACUUACUCAACAAGAGUUUUACAGUAAAUUAAAUCCUGGAAAUAUAAAACUGCAACUAAUUGAAGUUCAUCUUAAGGAACAUAUACUGCACAAACAUUUUUUAAAUCAAAACUAGACACGGUUGCAGGAUCUCACUUGUGCUGACAGAGGAUUUGCUGCCUCCCUGGAGAAACACUGCAGAGAAAACACAUCUGAACAAACUGAGUGUGUGACUGAACAGAGAGACCAGAAGAGAAGUCAGACACAGGAGAAACUGAACUCAGAGGCAACAGACUGAACCUUCGCUGACCUCCACCAGCAGAUGCAGAGGAAGGAAGAGGUGAACUUCGGCGGGGCGGCCAUGUCACUGCCGGCGGACCUGAGCUGCCUGCAGGGCGGCGGGGGAGCAGAUCGUGAGGCGGCGCUGGCGACGCUGGAGAAACAGCUGAUCUGCCCGAUCUGCCUGGAGCUGUUCAACAAACCGGUGGUGAUCCUGCCCUGCCAGCACAACCUCUGCAGGAAGUGUGCCAACGAGCUCUACCAGCCCUCCCUGUUCCAGGCUCGGACCACCAUGAUGGUGAACAGCGGCCGUUUCCGCUGUCCGUCCUGCAGACACGAAGUGGUGCUGGAUCGCCACGGCGUCUACGGCCUUCAGCGGAACCUGCUGGUGGAGAACAUCAUCGACAUCUACAAACAGGAAGUCAGCAACAACGACAACGCCACAAGCCCCCUCCCUCUUCCUCCGCCUCCCGCUCUGCCAACAUGCUCAGAUCACGAGGGUGAGAGGGUGAACAUCUACUGUCUCACCUGUCAGGUUCCCACCUGUUCUCUCUGCAAAGUGUUCGGGGCUCAUCAGUCCUGUCAGGUGGCUCCUCUGACAGACAUCUACCAGCAGCAGAAGGAUGAGCUGAGCGGGGGAGUCAGUUCUCUGGUGGCGGUCAACGAUAAAAUCCAGGCUCUGAUCGAUGAGCUGGAGGAGACCUGCAGAAACAUAGAGGAGAACUGUAAGGCUCAGAAACAGAGUGUGUGUGACAAGUUCAGCCGCAUGGUCUCCAUCCUGGACGAGAGGCACAAGGCGAUGACACAGCGAAUCAGCUCCGAGCAGGAGGAGAAGACAGGCCACGCCCAGGCGUUGGUGCGUUGCUAUGGAGACAGUGUGGAGGCCAACGCCAAGCUGAUGGAGAGAGCAGCGAGCAGCAUGGAGGAGCCGGACAUGGCUGCUUUUGUGCAGAAUUCAAGAGAGCUGAUCACAAAAGUGAUCGCAGCGACCAGCUCGUGUCCGACCGAGAUGCUGACACCAGGAUAUGAGAAUAUUAGCGACUACAAAUUUAACUUCAGCAGACAGGAGCGAGCUCUGAAGAGCAUAGACUUUAUUAAAGCUGUGGAGGAACCAGAGGAUGAACCAGAGCCAGAAGAACCCAAAGAGCCCAGUGAACCAAAACACCAUCAGGAAACCUCCGCCCAGAACCUGGACUCUGCUGUAGGACCAGUUAAAGACACAACCCCAGCACUGAUAUCAGCACCAGCGGAACCAGUUCAGACAGCAGCACCAACACCGGCCCUGAUGCCAGCAGCUCCAGGACUGUCAAGAAACUCUGUGGAGGCAGAUCUGCAGCCAGAGACCGACGACGCAGACUUGAACGAUGAGGGAUUAGGUCGGAUUAAGAACAAGAGGGAGGAGGAGAGAGAUGAGGGAUGUGCAGCUGCUGACUCUGUUAAAGAGGCGAACAUCUGUGAACAUCAGGAGGGAAUGAGCACGCAACAGUGUGAGGGAGGAAGGGCAGAAAGUGAUGCAGGUGAUUGGACGGCACAGAGAGAGACAGACGAAAAACAAUACGAUGAUGAAGAAGAAGAAGAAAUCCAGAUGAAGGAGGCAACAGAUGCUACGUUUUACCCCAGCUGGUACAAACCAGGCAGCCGGCGCAGUCUUAGCCACGCUUAUUCAGAGGCCUGGGCCCAGGCCGAGGUGUAUGACGCAGUAGAGGCUGAGUCUGACCUCCAGAUCCAACCACAACCUCCAUGGAGUCAGGACUCACAGCUCCGGCCUGAAGCUCAGAUGCAGCAACAGGUCACGUCUCACCCAAACCAGCCUCCCUCAGGACAUGCCCUCUCCCCAAAUCAGCCUCCUCUACAUGAAUGUCAAUCUCAACCCUGUAAGACGCCCAUUGAGUUAGACAGUGCUUCUAUACCUGCUCCCCAGGUGAAGCUCGUGCAGGAGACAGCAGGAGGGGCUGGUAUAAUCAAGGAGGAAAAUGAGGAGGAGGAGGAGGAGGAGGAGGAGGAAAUGCAGGGCUGGGUGUGUCUAACUGGGACUGUGGAUAAAAGUUUCACUCUGGUGGAGGAUAGUUUUGAUCUUGGAGAUGGUCGUUUGGACAACUUUUCUGAUCAUAGCGAUGCUACAUUGAUCAUCCCACCAGAGGAGAUAAGUUCAGGGAAGGAUAAAGACAACUUUAAGCUCAGUGAUGGAAGGGUAGAGGAUGCAGAAGAAAGAGAGCAGCUUGAGGAAGAUGUUUUAGGUCUUAACUGUGCUUCAGGGCUGGAAGAAAAAGAUGAUUUUGAAGCUGAGGUGAUGGAUAAAGGGAGCGUUCGGUCUGACGAAAGUAGUGAGGCGCUGAGGAAUGAUGUCUCUGGGUUAGAGAAGGAAGCUGUGGCGACGAGGGAGGAGAGCUCGAGAGUGAAAAAUGACACCCUGGAUGCAGAAGAUGAUGGUGUGGAGAGUGCAGAUAGCUUGAUACAGGGGGGUGGAGAUGCAGAGCUUGAGGCUGGUAGUUCAGUGUUUGCAGAAAAUAAACAGGAGGAUGAGGAAGAGAGCGAGGAACCUGAAGACUUAAACGCCAUAAUGGAAAAAAGUGAUACUGAAAGUGAAGAGAAAAUAACCCCCUGUGUCUCUCUCCAGGUCAGUGUUGCCUGGUUUUACCGUCGUCAUCAUCAUCAUCAUCAUCAUCAUGGAUGCCAUCAUCAACCAGGCUCUUUCACUGUUUAUCCACCUGCUGAUGUGGCUACACCUCCACACUGUCUUUCUGCUCUUCUUCUCUUAUUCUUGAUUGUUGCUGUUUCUGUUUUGCAGAGUCACUUUUUCGAAAAAACUCUGCCGCAGCUGCUUCAGCUCUUUCCUCUAGGUGUCUGUGCUGUUGGGAAGGAGGAAGGAAGGACAAAGAGAAAACUAUUUCAAAUAUAUAUUUUACCCUCUAAUUAAAAAAAUUGACCCAAUUUCAGUGAAAAUAAACCUUGUUGAUUGAAUUUAACAAUGUCUCAAAACAAAGAGUUUAGUCGCCAGACACUUCUGCAACAGUGUGGAAGAAGUUUUCUCAUCUGUUGCUUGAAGAAAAGCAUCAAUACAACAAUGUAAAAAUACACUGUUACGAGUUCUGUAUUUAAAUCCUACUUAAGUGUUUUCAGAAAACCAACAACUCACUGUUUUUUUUGUUUUGGGCCACAAGCCAAAAAGGUUGGAAACCACUGGUUCAAUCAUUAGCAAUAAAAUGUAUUUUAGAAACUUAUCUUAGCGUACAAGAGUACAAAAUUUCCCUCUGAAAUGCAGUGGAGCUGAAGUAUAAAGUACAAAAUACAACAAUAAAAAGAAAGUAAAAGUACUUCACUACAGUACUUUGUUUGUUUGAUUAGAUGAGUUCCUUCCUUCUUUCCCAAAAAUUCUACUCAUUAGAGUCUUUUUGUUGCAGCAUCAUCUCUCCAUCUCUUUCUGUCCCUCCUUCACCCCGAAUCUUUUCAUCACCUCACCUUUACCACUUUUCUCGCCCCUUUCCCUCAUCACUUCAUCCUUUCUCUCCCCCGUCUCUUCCCGCUUCCCUCCGGGAAUCUGCAAUCUCUUUCAUCUGCCUCUCUCUCUCUUUUCCAUCCCUCCAUCCCU